AAUUUAUUUAUGGUAAAGUGAUAAUGACACUGAUUUUUCAUGGAUUAGAGAUUUGUAAAAUAAAUCAUAAGUAAAUGUAAAUCUCUUUUUGCUUUUGGUUGAGUUUCUACAAAAAUAAUGCAAUUUAGGAUAGAUGGGGUAAAUUGUACAUUCGGACAAGUGAUACUUUAAAAUCUCAUUAAUUUAGUUGAAGACCUCUUGUGCAGCUGAUAUUUAAUGAUAAAUAUCAUUUAACCUAUUAGGAAGGAGCAUUGACAUAUGAACUUAUAUAUAAUCAUGUCUGGUCUUGACUUUUGGAAAUGAAUAAGUG